CGCACGCUGUAGAGACAAACGAAAUAAAAAUGAUUCUCUUUUUUAUUUAAGAAUUGCCCCAUCUCUCUGUUUUGUACCCGCGGACGUAGCGCUAUUACGUAGAGUAGAUGAAACGAAUCCUUUUUUUUGCACCAUUCAUGUUUUUCGGAAUAAUCUUGCGCGAGCAAGAAGAUAUCACAACGAAAAGAAAUAUAUUUUUUAUUAAUAUAUAUAUUGAGUGAAAAUUCCGUUUGGAGAGUAAAAUUGUCCCAGAAAAAAUUGGAAAUAUGCAAAUCCAACAGACAACGCAAAGUUCAAAAUUGGGUCAUUCGUCUUUAAGAUUUUGAUUUGUGUUGUCUGGAAAUAUUCAUUUAUUUUUACAGCUCGCUAAUUGUGACCCUCACAAUUUGGAGUGAAAUGAUUAGCGAAUCUUGAUUGUUGAGAACUUUGGAUUUUUUUUCCAUAUAGAAUGAAAUCUGGGUCAAGUAUAAACGUCAUUUAGUCCGGUCGCGGUGCGCAUGCUAAUAAAGCAUAAUUAUUUAACGACAUGUUAAUUACGAGCUUGAGAAUAUACGAGCUUACGGUCUGACGUGACUCAUGAUAACGCGUAACGCCGAUUCUAAUUAACCAAAGUAUAAUAAAAGUUAAUUUAUUCAAGAGUAACGUAAACUCGAAUUUUGUUUCGCGUCUUACGAAAUGUCAGAACUUAGUACAAUACAGGGCUACAUAAUUAAUAUUAUAACUAAUAAACAUGUAAUUUUUUUAUCAUUGCAUAGAUAUGUAACUGUUGUUGAAAUGUUUGCGAAGAAAUCUAACAUUCCUUAUUGUUUCUAAUAAACGUUUGAACAUGAUAUUCAUAGUUCUUGAAAACAAACUGUUUCAUAAUGCGCAGUAUUAAUUUCCGGCUACGCAUGUUGAAAGCGCAGAUGCUUCAUAAACUUCUACGAAUGAAGAAACAUCGAUAUAUCCGUCUACACGAAAACAUCGGCCUCCAGACGGUGAAAGACAGCGGGCUGUCAAAUAACCGCGAAACGAACGCGAAUAAACUAAUAAGAAUAGAUAGUGAAAUGAAGGAUAUAUAAAUAUCAACCAAAUAAAAAAUAUCGAUUAUUUGUGUAGAAAGAUGCAGUAUUAAACAAAAUAUAUGCAGUAAUAUUUUAUAUGUUACAACACUUGUGAAAAUAAUUUUUCGAGGCAGUUGUACUAAAAACAAAUCUCCAUUAUUUCUAGUUUUUGGUUAUUCAGUUGUAUUAAAUUUAUUUGGAUUAAUUGCCUUGUUGAUCACAGAAGGAUAGAAAGUUGAUCAUGUUACCUUUGUACUCAUAAGCAACAUCCGGCCUGCGAGAAAAUAGUAACGGAGGGCCCGAAAUGGAAACGAGAUAGUCUAGUUUGGAUUGCAUUUCUAUUUACGACGUACAUAGUUCGUUAACCCGUGUGCAGCUGGAUACGUGCCGUGUUACACAUACGUAUCGUGCAUACGUAUAGUACAUACACUCACGCAAUAAAUGAAAAUUAAUCAUUCUUUUUCCAAAGAGAUAUCGAUUGAAACGUGCAAUUAAAGUUAAUCUACAUUAGUAGAAACGGACAUAAAUGGCAUAUCGUCCAAAAUUACUGUUGUGUUUUGUACUUUUUUUAUAUACUUUUUUCUAAAAACAUCUGCUGAGAAGAAAAGUACACGUGUAUGGGUGUAAAAGGUUUCACAGGCGUGUGUUGACACAAAAAGUACGCCGCGAUAAAUCGGACAGUUCGCGCGCUACUUUUCAAUGGACCAAUAUCGAUUUGACGACAAGUGAGUAGCCAUAUGCAUUUCGCGACGAAGCAAUAGGUGGAUCUCGGAUUACACAGCCGCAGUCGCAAUUGCAUUAACACGGUCUCAAGCCGAUGUCACCAGGCAGUCUACGCGUCGCGCCCGCCACAAAACAGUGCCGCCACAAAUCUCUCGCGCGAGCGCAAUUCAUCCUAAAUUUAAUUAACACGGAAAUUGAAAUUUUCACUCGUGUCGUGAAUCAACACAACGGCGCGCGCGACUUAUAUCGGGAUGCUGUGAUUUGUAACAGUUUUGCGAAAUUAUGUCGUGCCGCGGCAGUGGUUCUGAAUCUGAAAUUUGCAAUAAUGCGAAAGUGAGUGGCUCGUGUGCAACAGAAUUUAGAAUUUAAAAUCACAAUUUUCGAUUCGCGAAAGCUAAGAGAUUCAUUUGUGACAAUUACAAUCGUUAAAAAACUUUUACCUAUCUCUCGAUCGACCGCUUCGACGCGUUCGUACUGAGAGAUCAAACAGUGUUCGAAAUUAAAACUAACGUAGCCGGUACCGUUUUGCAACAAAAAAUACCGUCGAGUGUUUAGAGCUUGUGUACGUGUUUGUGAGAUUCACAGAUGCUGAUUUAAUUUAUUACUUCCGGUUAACAAACGGUACUGUGGGUUUGUGUGUCAGUGUAUUUUUUUGUCACGAAUUGCGAUGUGUAAUUCUAGACAUUUUAAUGGCUAAUAGAUUAAAUAGACGUCGUAAUAUUUCAUUGGUCGGUCAUUCAAUUGCUUAAUUGACAAUUCUGUUAUUACCCAUUUUUUAUUGUUAGUAAAAAAAACGAGUUAUUGUUAGUAAAAAAAUUAAAUAGAAUAUCGAACGAGGACGCGGUAGUUAUAUUUGGUAAAAACAAUAAAAAUUCGAUGAGCCCAAAUGUCAUUAUGCUUGAAAAGCGAAAACAGAAAUAGCACGUUCGUGCGAAUCGACUUGCGCGAUCAAAACGAGCGCAACAGUCGGUGUUCAUUAUUAAUCGAAGUAGGACACGAGGUGACAUGAAACAGUUGGCAGUAUGAAAUAAACGAAUAGAGCUAACAACAAUUAAACUAAUAUCUAUUAAUUAUUUGAAAGCAAUUAAUUAAUAAUAAAAAAUUGGUAUUUAUAUAAAACUAUAAUCAAGAUUGCUAGAUUCUGAAGAAUGUUCUGGAAAUGUUCACUUGAAAAAGAAGAUAAUUAAAAAUUUUAGUUAGUUUCAUAGUGCAUAAUUUUUAAUAAAAAUCAUUAUGGAGGUUGAAGUUGUACCUUUCGUCGAUAAUAAGAUGGAAAGAAAUGACACGAUGCCUCGACGGGGUAGCAGGGUGCAAAUUGUUCAGAAAAAAGGAACGUCGCUCUUUAUCAUCAUGAGCUUCAUCUAUUCGAAGCUACUCGUGAUCGUGUGCAUCGCUUACGUGAUAAGCGAGGCGGUGACGCACAAAUUGCCGCUGUAUUAUUACGAGGGAUUCUUCACAUACCUUUACGGCAUGAGUAUCCUGUUCCUCCUGUACGUCUUCUGCUUCCUCCUUCAAGAGAGCGCUUGCUGUGCGAGGGGCAGUGAUACACCACCACCGCCACCGAGACCGCCGAAAUCUGGCUGGACCGCUAAGGAACCUAAAGAUAAAAAUAAAAAGAAGGAUAAGAAAGAAAAGGAAAAAGAGAAGCAAAAAGAGAAAACCAAAAAGGAACCUCCUCAGCAGCAGGAUGCGACCGAUGUUGAAGCUGGUGUAGCUACGCGUGUCUUGCGGAAACGAAAAACUUCGCAAAGUGAUCAUAGUCAUGGAAGCUUUUUCCUUAGAAUUGGUGCAAUAGCGUUUGGACUGGGUACUAUGGUAUACAACGGUUUGGAAUUUGGUACAUUCUUCGAGGUUCCACCAACAUCACCCUGCUAUCAGAUAUUACAAGGCGUCAAUCCAGUGUUGCAGAUGAUCUUCACCUUUAUGCAGAUGUACUUUAUCUUCAUGAACUCUCGAUUAAAUAUCCAUCGCUUCAAAGUAAUCGCUCGUUUCGGUCUGAUGCACGUGGUCGCGACGAAUCUCUGCGUAUGGAUACGCACGCUGGUUUUGGAGAGUAUCAAGGAGAUCGCUCAAUAUCACAAAAGAGUAGGACAAGUUGAGGCGGGGAUUCUCGAGAGCAUCAAGCAGCACUCGAUGCGAAAUGCAGGGGCUAUAUUGGGCAUUGAGCCGCGCGACAUGGCACAAUUACGAGAGGCUCCUCUUACGGCCGCUUCGAGGUCGACGACCAUGCCGCCGACCAGUACGGUUGUGACAGUCGGCACCGCUUUGGGUCGCGUGAUGACAACAACGGCCAGAUCGAUCGCGGACGCGUUCACCUCACCGUCUACAACAUCGACCUCGACUACCUGGACGACUCCGUCGACGACAACGCCGUCAACAACCACCUUUGCGUUGCCUAAUCUGACGACCACCGCGGCGACAACCUUGUCCACUCUCUUGACCACAUUUACACCGUCGACCCCCAGCACUACCACUACUACUACCACCACCACCACCACCGAGAGGAUCACCACUAUCCCGACUACAACGAGCACAAGCACUACUAGUACUACUACACCGUCCACUACCACAUUCUGGUCGCAGUUUAUGGAGAUGGUGAACGCGCCACAGACCGAGAUGGAUAACCAAGUACCGCAGAUCUUCGAUGUGAGCAACUUGACAAACAGCAGCGAAUAUUGGAGUCCGAACUUAGGUAUCUACGCGGAAGCUCUGACGGAGGACGGCUCGAUAUCCAAUUCAUGCGGGCGUGUCAAUAUUAUGGGAACUAUCGUACAGGAUGCGGCGCCAUAUCUAUUUCCGUUCAUAAUCGAGUACAGUUUGAUCGGAGCAGCGGUGAUCUACGUCAUGUGGAAGCAUAUCGGCCGACAUCCGCGUUGGCCACAUUUGGCAGAGGCUGAUCUUGAACGUCGUCUGGAGGCUAUGUUAUCUCGAAGAGCCGUCGCUCUUGCUCAUGCAGGUCACACCCGAGUCGACUGCGUUGGAGCGAGUAAGGGUCUCUUCUUCGGUCUGCUUCUCCUGGUCGGUUCCCUGAUAUGCCUAAUACUGUUCUUCGUGCUUAUCCAUCAUCCGGAGCUCGGAUUGCUUGCGAUUUAUCUCGCUGAUGUGUCUCACUGCGUGCUAAUGGCGUUAUCCAUCGUCGCCAUAAUCAUCGGCUUCAUCCGCGUGCAAAGCCUCAAGUUCAAGGCCGAAGAGCAGAGCGAUCUCAAUGACAUCCUGCUGCGUGUCUCCGCUUUCGGUCUCUUCAUCUAUGCCGUCUUCAGCGUAAUCGCCGGUUCCCUGGCGGCCUUUACGCACGAGCCGAAUCUGCUGGUGAUGGUGACGGGAUUACUCUCGGUUGCCCAGGUAGUCCUUCAGAUGCUCUUCAUUGCCGAUGUAUCGCGCAGGCGAGUUCACCUACCGGAACACGAUCGCAGCAAGCCCGGCAGACAGGUGGUCACUUUCCUCUUGAUCUGCAACGUGACCAUGUGGGUGAUCUAUACUUUCGAGGCCCAGAAGGUCAUCGCCAAUCCGGUGCAACUUGACUUCUAUGGAUUCCUCGCUUGGGCCAUUGUGCAGAGGGUCACCCUGCCGCUGUGCAUCUUCCACAGGUUCCACAGCGCCGUGACGCUGGCCGAGAUCUGGAAGACUAGCUACAAGGCGCGUCUGGAGUAGACGAGCGAGGAGUCUCGUCAUAGUCAAUCGUCCGGAGUGGUCGUCGGUUGGAACGGAAGAGCGAGCACAACAAGCAGGUCAGGAUGCUCGACGACCUCGAUCACGUACAUCGAUUUCGGGUCUCGAAAGAAUGAUUGAGGAGGGAGAAACGGAGAGAUAGAAUAAAAGAUCGAUUGAGAAGAUCGACGGACGGAAAAAAAAAUUGCAAAAAUGACGGAUCAAUCGGAAUAAUCGAACAUAUACAGCGUGUCUGACACGCCCGUUACACGAAGGAAUCUUCGGAUGAUAUCCAAGUCGUUAAAAAUUGUUAACAGUUCCAAGAAUCCAGUUGGAAGUUGAAGAUAUAUCUCGUUGAGAAACCCUUUAUCGACAACUGAAGAGUCGCUUCAGUGAUACGAUCAAGGUCGAUCUGACAUCCUCGAAGAGGAGAGCUCUCGCGUAAGGUAGAGCCAGAUAUGAUCGUGCCGAAUGGCAAACCGUUUCUUUGUCUCUUGUUUUAUGUACGUUGUAUCUCUUCCUUUCUUUUUUUUUCUUUCUUUCUUUACGUUUUCAUCAUUGGUCGGUAGAGACAGUAGGGAGAACGAUCAGAUCAGCAACACACCUAGACGAUCGACAAGUCUUGUCAAUCAGACAGGCUUUCGCCGUGACCUCGGCGUAAACGAAGCACAAAACAACAAAAAUGUUAGCGCAUUUCCCUUCACCAACGCGUUUCUCACCUUCUCACGAUCUCUAUAUACUGCCACCAAAUUUUCUACUUUUAUAUGUAUAACGUUAUAUGUACCGUAUAUGUACCCUCGCCCCAUUGCGCAUUAUCAAGAGCAUGGUAGACAAUUCGGUUUCACACUCGGUGGGGAUUUAGAUUGUUCGAUAUUUCUCGAAAUUUCUAUUAUUUCCUUAAUUACGAAUAUAUAUUGUCGGAUAUAUCGCUGUGAUAUACUUUUGUGGAAACUUGAGUCAACGUUAGCGGCGAAUCUAUUCGCACGUUGACGUAUGUUUAACUAAAUACUCGAUAUUUUUAUAAGUCAUCAAUAUUUAGCGGACGAGAUUAGCCUCUAAGUUUAUCGUGCUUACUUUACGCUCUCCGAUGUACGUAUAUCUUACGAGAUGAAUAAUUAAACUCGCUGUCAGAACAACGUUCGACGUAUCAAACGAUUAGCUGACCGUCGAAGUGAACGGCUUCGUUUCCGCGUUUUAUCGAAAUAAUUUCACCAUCGUAAGAAAAAAAAUAUAGCGUGAACGAAGCACUUUUCAUUAAUGCGUACCACGACAUGAUCAUCGCAACUAAGCAAGAUGCGGUCAUGAUUGCGCACUCUUCGCGGUCGAGAUCCAACCCUGAAGAGAUCCUAAAGGAGGCUCGACGAAGAACAGGGUAAUUAUUGCAGCGUUGUUCGCUUAAAAAGACGCGAGUCGUUGAGUGACAUUUUCGGUCAGUUCCGCGAAAAAUCUUCUCGCGUUCGCGCGAAACGCUUCACCUGAAACGCGGGCGCCUCUUGCGUUCAAGAGCGCGUAAUUAUCGAGAGAUCCGUCCCUUCAAAAGGGACAGAUUUGCACCCGUAAAAUUUCCGUCGUUUCUCGUUGCGUGUCGCAGAGUACAAAAUUGUUUUUGAAAUGUUUCGAGUCCCUUUAUCGACAUUUUUUCGACCAUUCGCGCACAUCUCAAACGAACACGCCGACGACAUCGCGUAGUAAAUUAUAUCUUCGUCGUAUCUUCACCGCGAGAAGUUACCACACGGAUAGAGACGCCAGACAGAUUUCUAUUAUUGAUUUAAUCAAUAAUUGAUUGAUUAAAGAUACAUUUUAAACAAGGAGCCAGUAAGAAAGGAGACCCCGUGUUCGAAGCUAACAGUGAAGCGAUCGUGCAUAGAGAGUAUUUCGUUUUAGACUCGCCGAGUACUCUGAAUGGCAUACACUCGGAAAGUUUUCGUGAACGUAAAUGCCGGAAGUUAUGCUCUAUGAUGUAUAAUAGACUGUGUGACGAAAACGUACGUAAUUUCAGCGCGAGAAAAGCUCAUUUUAUGACUUUGAUGUCAAAAAGGCUUAUUUUCAGCACCGAGCGAUUCGUACGUGUUUGUCCUUUCAACUUAAACUUACUCUGGUACCACGUUUGUGCGUCAAAUAUUUCCAUUGUGAAUGGCUUAAUUCUUUGAGGGGCGACGGUGCAGCUUGUGUACUUCACGUAUAAGUCACAGUAUAAUGUAUAAUUAGGUGCCAUGACAUUUGUGCGUUUCUAUGUUGGUGCGAUGUGGUUUAAUUUGUGAACUACAGUGCCUAAGUUCCGCUCUCUAAGUACUGCUUCUCUCCUUCGGAGAUCCUGCACAAAAUAUGCUGACUUUCUCAGCCCCUGAAAGAGUUAAGGGAGAGAGAACUUCGGGGGUGUAGAAAAAGAAACGGAGAACUAUAAUCGAAUACACGCGAAUAGAGGAGAUCGCACACCACUCACGAAAUAUAAGAGGUAAUUACUCUCAUCAUUAUUGAUUAGUGUUUAAGCCUAUCUCAAAGAGAUAUCGAUCUUUCGCAUUUACUUCGCUAUUGAUAUCGUAUGUAGAUCGUUGAGAAAAAGAUAACGUUCAUCGUAUAGAGACUAUACUUUGUGAAUUCCACUACAAUCCUUGUGAAAAUACUCCCUUUUCUUGAGAGCAGCAGAAACGAGUAAAACACAUUAAAAUUAUAUUUAAUAAAGUUUACACUGACGCGUAAAUUUUAUUAAGUAAAACUUUUCUCACGCGAUAAAGAAAACAAUAAUCUACACAAGAGACACUCGGAAUCCUAACGGAAAUCAUGAUUAUUACACCAGUCUUUAGCUUUCGAGUCUAAAUAUUUUAAUUAUUAGAAAUAAUAUAAAUAAAGAGUAAGUAACGCGCUCGGGCGUGAAAUAAGAGACACGUUGUUGCACCCACAAGCUUACUGAAACAGCCGUUAAGGAUCGAUUAAAUAUAAUUAAUUAUAAUCCAAGGACGGUAUUAUUAAAAAGUAAACACGAUAUAAAUAUAUAUAGAUAUAAAUAUGAAUAUAUAUAAAUAUGAAUAUAUAUAUAUUAUAAAAACUUGUACUAAUUUUGAUGUGCGCAACUGUAGUUGGAGUGUUGCGUGCAAUAUGUAAAUAUUAUUAAUCACUUUUAUCAAUGAAUUAUUAUUCAGCAGAAUGUCUAUGAAACGAAUGUUAAUACAGUGAUAAUAAUUCAUAAUUUUUAAUUUUUUCAUUGUUAUUCUAGUUAUAAAAUUACUCAUUACUAAUUAUAAAAUUAGCAUAUAAGCUGAUUCUCUUAGAAUUAUGAGUGGCAAAACGUACAUAAUGUGCAUCUUAACUUAGAAAAAUAUGCAUAUAUCAGUACAAAGAUUUCGACGUGUAUAAAUUUCUAUAAAUCAAAACAACAUACAUGUUUUUAUAUGCAUCAGUCAUUAUAGAUUUAAUUAAAAAAAAGUAUAGGUGAAUCAGCUUGUAUGCGCGAUAAUCUAUAAUGCUAAUUAAUGUUUAAUUAAUAUGUCGUUUUGAAAUUGCACUAAGUUAUCAAUUAUGAAGUUACGACAAGUCUGACGGACGAUUUAAAUUUUUUUUCAAAGAAAGAACAAAGACUGUGAACUUCUUCGUUUUGCCGACAUUCUGUAUGAAUCACAACACAGAACCGAUAAAACUGACAGUUUGAGCAUAGCGAAAGAUCUCAUUGCGAGAAUUAAAUUAAUUAACAAGGCACUGCCACACCGGACCAACAAAGUCGAAACGAAUAACAGAAGGGAUUCUGAAAGGGAAAGAGGAAAGACACGCGCAAAUGCAGAAAGAGAACCAAUAAUCCUUUAUUGAUUUCCCGUAAAGAGAAAAGCUAUAAAGAAAAAUAUAUAUGAAACUGAGACCCUUCCACGUUAAACGAAAAUAUGAACGAGUGUGUAGUUCUAAUAUACGUAUGUGUGAUUAGAAAGUGAGAGACGAAAAGAGAGAGAAAGAGAGAGUGAACGAGCGAGCGAAAGAAAAAGGCAGAUGGAAGAACAACGGAAGAAUACGUGAAACGUUUUUCUUCGGCAAACAACGUCUUUGUAUACUCUACCCGUGUGUAAGGACAAAAAACCACAAUUCUCUUGUAUAUGUACAUCAAUAUCUCGAUAGUAGCCGUAAGCCUAACUAGUGAGUCGCGGAUUUGCGAUAAGGCCAGUUAAAUGAAUGCAAUUGAAACUCGCUCGAUUUGAUUGCAAGUGACAUUGUUAAUUUAUUUUUUCGUUUUUUAUUAAUUUAUUUGUGCAAAUUUAUUGCACAAACGCCAUUCUAUUUAUUGUAUAAGUUUUAUUUACCCGUAAGUCGCGUAUUUGUUACACAUAACUAACGACACAAAUUUGUUCAAAUAAAUCGCAUGUAUCCGUAGCAUGUGUAAACCAUCGCCCUUUUUAAUACAGUGAUUUAUUCCAAUUACAUUCUGUAUUUAUUGAGACGACAGCUCGAUUUGCAGCAAUUUCGUAUACAUGAACUUCUAUAACUUCACCAAGUCGCGAAUCCGCAGGAAACAGAUGAAGGAAGAACAGAAGGACAGGAAUUUACAUAUGUAUGCGUGCCGGAAGCAAAUCCGCGAUGCAUUAUUAUUUAACAUAAUGUAGUGAGUUUUCGAUGUCUUCGAGUAUAAUUACAGUUUGUACACGUAUACACGCAAUUUUAAGCAACAGAAACAAAGAUACACACACACACACACACACACACACACACAAGUGACAUCACUCAUGGAUUUACCAGAAACACAUCGAGGAGGAAGCGAGGACAAUGGAAGGCACAGAACGGAAGAAGUUAACGUUUCGUCGGAGCAAGCGAUAAUGACAGGCGGAACACAAAGAAAUAGAAUAAAAUAAAAUACAGUAAAAGUAUAAAUUACAUGUUGUGGUGUAAGCAGUUCUUCGAAUGUCGAGUAGCGACGAAUACGUCUGUAAAUUCAUAAAUUCGCUCAUUCAUCGAUUCCUAUUUUCAUUGUAUACCAGUUAAAACCAGUUUCAUUGUAACCCGAGUUACAUCGGUACGUCGUUGCCACAUCAUUUGUAACGAUACACGAUUAUAUUGGUUAAUAAAAGUUAUCUAGACGUAA